AUGGCGGGCGCCUCCGACCCUCUGGAAGAUAUGCUGUUCUCCGAGGUGGACGAGAAGGCGGUGAGCGACCUGGUGGGCUCGCUGGAGUCGCAGCUCGUCGGCCGGAGCGGAAACAAGGCCGGCGGCGCCAAGCAGCACAUAGGGAAAGCGUUAAGUUCUCGGGAUGGAGCAACUUCUCCCGCGGUUAGCAUUAGCGCCGCCGGCCGCAGAGCAACAGCCUCGGGCACCGUGGAGACGCCGCGGCAUUACGGUACGCGGAAGAAGCGCGGCGGCGCGCGGGGCAGCGCUGCGUCGCGGAGCGUGAACGGUGCUGCGACCUCCUCCGUCAUCAGCAGCAACUCGCCAUCCAGCGCUGGGGCCGCGGUUUCCAUGGCGAUGGCGCGCGCCAACUCCUCCACGUACACCGUGUCCAGCGCGAGCAGGUCCGUUGCGCUCGAUAAAGGGACUCCCAAGAUCGCGCUGCACCGACUCCCGAGUCACAUCGUGGCGAGCAUCGCUCAGGGCAGGAACGGCACGAGUGUGUCGGCGCUCAUCCAGCAGGGGCGCGUGAACCACGGCAAGAACGCAGAGAGCGCACAGAGUGGGGAGGACAAGACCAAAGCAGAUGUGCAGCAGGUUCAGCCUGGGAGUGUGAACUCGGUCCCGAGUGCUGUGUGCAUUGCAGUGACGACUCAGCCUCAGUCCCAACCUCAGCCCCAGACUCAAACCCAGCCUCAGUCCCAACCUCAAACCCAAACUCAGUCCCAAACUCAGUCCCAAACCCAAACCCAAACUCAGUCCCAAACCCAAACUCAGUCCCAACCUCAAACCCAAACUCAGUCCCAACCUCAAACCCAAACUCAGUCCCAAACCCAAACCCAAACUCAGUCGCAACCUCAAACACAAACCCAAACUCGGUCGCAACCUCAAACCCAAACUCAGUCCCAACCUCAAACUCAAACCCAAGCUCAAACCCAAACUCAGCCCAUAACCCAACCCAUAUCCCAAUCUCAACCUCAAACCAUAUCCCAACCUCAGUCCCAGCCUCAAUCCCAACCCCGAUCCCAACCUCAAACUCAGCUUCAAUCUCCAUCCCAACUCCAGCCUCAAACGCAAUCCCAGCUGCAGCAUCAAUCCACACUUCAACCUCAAACACAAUCCCAACCUCAAACCCAGUCCCAAGCUCAACCUCAGCUCCAACCUCAGCCUCGACCUGCAGCUCCAGCGCAGAGGAUCACGGCUCCGCAGCUGAUCGUCAGACCGCCACAACAGCAGGCGACCAUCCAGCUUCCUCCAGGAUUUACCAUCCCGGCAGGCAUGGUGUUGGUGCGGACGGAGCUGGGUCAGUUGAUGAUGGUUCCACAGCAAGCACUGGCUCAAGCGCAGGCCCAAAGUGCCCUCUCACCCCGACCCGCUGCCCCGACCACUACAGCCACCUUCAGAGUCACCACCCCACAGAGGGCGCCUUUGGCAGUGACAACGCCCCAGCAGCACCCUGCAGCUCUGGCCCCCCAGGGGCCCACCCUGGUUCCACCCACCGCAGCUGGCCCUGCCCCCGGAGCAACCGUCAUCUCCCAGGAAAUGCAAGAGAAUGUGAAAAAGUGUAAGAACUUCCUGGCAACGUUGAUCAAACUCGCAUCCCAUAAUUCCCCCUCCCCGGAGACGUCACGGAACGUGAAAGCCCUGGUGCAGGACCUUCUGGAUGCCAAAAUCGAACCGGAAGAAUUCACCAGCCGGCUGCAGACGGAGCUGAAGUCAUCACCACAGCCUUACCUGGUGCCUUUUCUCAAGAAAAGCCUGCCAGCGUUGCGUUUGUCCCUGUUGAACAGUCAGCAGUCGCUCACUCAGCCCCCACAGCCUAAGACCACCGCGUCUCCAACGGUAGCCGUCGCCGGGGCUGUUACAAUGGGUAACGCCCCCCGGCAACCUAACAGCACUGUUACACCGCCACAGAAUAUUAAGAGGGCAGGGACGGUAGGAGGGCAGGUCCGGAUGCCUGUGGUCAUCACGCAGACAGUGCGGCCGGCGGGUGCUGUAGGGAAGAGUCCGGUGGUGCAGGCGGGGAAAAGCCCCUCGGCGGUCAGCGUGCAGCUCUCGGGGGCUCAGAAGAAUAAAGUGAACGAUCCCGGGGGAGGCUCCUUCAGGGACGAUGAUGACAUCAACGAUGUUGCGUCUAUGGCCGGGGUGAACUUGAGCGAGGAGAGCGCUCGUAUCUUAGCAACCAACUCUGAGCUGGUGGGCACACAUAUCCGCUCGUGUAAAGACGAGGCCUUCCUGCCCACGGGUCUACUGCAUCGGCGCAUACUGGAGACGGCUAAGAAGUUCGGGGUGACGGAGGUUCCUGUGGAGGCGGUAAACUUCAUCGCUCAUGCCACACAGACACGGCUGAGGACGGUGCUGGAGAAAGUGUCUUUCAUCGCUCAGCACAGGAUGGACUCCAGCAAGGACGAGGAGUGGUACGAGCAGUCGUCAGACGUCCGCUCUCAGCUCAAGUUCUUCGAGCAUUUAGAGCGGCUGGAGAAACAGAGGAAAGACGAGCAGGAGAGAGAGAUUCUUCUCAAAGCGGCCAAAAGUCGCUCGAGGCAGGAGGACCCAGAGCAGGCUCGUUUGAAGCAGAAGGCAAAAGAGAUGCAGCAGCAGGAACUGGCCCAGAUGAGGCAGAGGGACGCUAACCUCACGGCUCUCGCCGCCAUCGGACCACGCAAAAAACGCAGAGUGGACUCGCCUGGAGCGACAUCGGGCACUGAGGUGUCGGGGAGCUCCGUGGGUUCUCCAGCCUCAUCGUUGUCGUCCUCGCGCCAGUUCCAUCGGCAGCGAAUCACGCGCGUGAACCUCAGGGACUUCAUAUUCUACCUGGAGCAGGAGCGAGAGACGAGCCGAUCGCUCCUGCUCUACCGUGCUCUGCUGAAGUAG